AUGGCAUCCAAGAAAGCAUCAGCUGCAGUAACGUCAUCAACAUCACUAAUACGUCUAAUAGUCUCAGCUCGAAAAGCUACUCCUUCACCUCCUGUCGGUCCAGCACUAGGUCAAAGAGGCAUAAAAGCAAUAGAUUUCUGCAAGGCAUUCAACGAAAAAUCCAAACACUUUACAGAGGGCCUACCACUACCAGUACAUAUACUAGUCAAACCAGACAAGACAUAUACAUUCCAAGUGAAAGCUCCACAUGCUUCAUACCUGCUGAAAGCUGCUGCUGGUGUCGAGAAGGGAAGUGGGCGAACAAGCGAUACUGAAGUGGGGAUCGUGUCGCUAAAACAUGUAUAUGAGAUUGCUAAAGUGAAGAAUGCGGAUCCUGGAAUGGAAUCGUAUAAUCUGCAUCAGGUUGCUAGGAUGAUUGCUGGGCAGGCUAAAUCGAUGGGUAUUCGAAUCGUAGCUUAA